AUGACGCUAGUGGAGUUUAGCAGACACGAGACCUCCUCUCAGCCUGAACAGGGCACGAAGAAGAAAAAACAUGAGGACGUUUCCCGUCCCCUCUGGUCCAGCAAGGUUGAGUACAUCCUGACCCAGGUGGGCUACACUGUGAGACUGACCAACCUCUGGAUCUUUCCCCAGCUGUGGUACCUUAAUGGAGGCGUUUUCAUCAUCAUAUACACCUUCAUGCUCUUUGUGAUUGGAGUUCCCAUCCUCUUCAUGGAGAUGGCAUUUGGUCAGAGGCUGCGUCAGAACGGCCUUACGGCGUGGAAGUUCACCAGCCCGUGGAUGACUGGCCUGGGUUAUACCAUCUUCAUGGUGUGCUUUGUCAGGAGUCUGUACAGCAACGUGAUGAACUGCUGGAGCCUGUUCUACUUUGUCCAGUCCUUCACGUUUCCUCUUCCCUGGGAUAUGUGUCCCUUAGUGAAGAACGCCAGCGGAUUCGAUCCCGAGUGUGCUCGCACUACACCCUCCAUGUACUUCUGGUACCGGAUGACGUUGAAAGCUUCAGACAGAAUCGAAGACCCUGGCACGGUGGUCCCCACCCUGUUGCUGAUCCUGUUUCUGGUCUGGUGUCUAACUGCUCUUAUCCUGGUCAGUGGGCUCAAGUGUCUGGGCAAGGUCAUGUCCGUGUUGGCUCUGCUCCCCUAUUUCCUCCUCUUGUCCUUCUUCAUCCGGUGUCUCCUGCUGGAAGGUGCGUCACUGGGCCUUCAGCAUUUGUUGGUUUUCAAGAUACCGGUUGUGUAUUCCAUGAAGAUCUGGUGCCUGGCAGGAAACCUCGUGUUGUCUGCUCUGGGCCUAGGCUAUGGUGUCAUUGCCUCCUUCUCGUCUUACAUGCCUUCGUCCAACAACUGCCUCCUCGACGCCUUCGUGGUGACUCUGUUCAACCUGGGCACCUUCCUCUUUGUCACGCCUGCCAUCAUCUCCUGCGUGGGCUUCUGGGCCACAAUUAACACCCAGCGCUGCAGGGAGAAGAACGUUGAAAUACUUACGAGUCUGAUAUCCUCGGGGGAACUGCCUCCGGAGGCCAAGCCCCCCCAAAAUAUGCUUGACAACAUGGCCUCCAUGUUCACUCCUUGGGUCGAAAGCCUUCCGCAGUCCUCCAAGGAGAUGGUCCUCAGCAGGGUGUCUGACUGUGACAUGCAGAAACAACUCCUGAAGGUCAGUGAACCGGGAUCCAACUUUGCCUUCCUGGCCUUCAUUGAAGCCCUGUCAUUCAUUCCCGGCUCCUCCUACUGGUCCAUCUUCUUCUUCUUGCAACUCUUCACCCUCGGCUUGUCCUCCAUGGUUGGGAUCGUGCAGGGCGUCAUUACCCCCCUUCAGGACACCUGCUAUAGCUUCAGGAAGUACCCAAAGCUCUUCAUAGUGACUCUGUCUUUGACCAUGUUCGUGGGCAGCAUCUUUUUCAUUAAGUCUUCAGGCUACUACUACUACCGGCUGCUGAAGGACCACUGGCUCGUCCUUCCCAUCCUCUUCAUUGUCACCUUGGAAACCCUCGCCAUAGCGUGGGUCUAUGGGAUCAAGAGGUUACUUGAAGAGAUGGUGGGUCUGGUGGGCCGCCCCGUCUCUCCCAUCUCUUGUUUCCUGUUUUGCCAUCUCUGUCCGGUCAUGCUGCUGGCCCUGUCUGUGGUGACCAUAAUUUACAUGAGUUCUGAGGACUUCACCUACAUAGCCUGGGACUCCAGCACCUCAAAAGAAGUGGUUCGGAAAUACCCACAGUGGGCGGUCAAAUUGGUCAUCAGCUUAACUAUCUUUGUCUUCCUGCCUCACGUCAUCUACUUUAUAAACAACCUCCUCUCCAAGAUCUCUGCCAACUACGUCAGCAUCGAGAAUGCCACCAGAGUCUCCAAACCUCUAGUUCUAAGGAGCCGUUCACCAGAAGGCUUGAAAAAGAGUCUCCCGAAGGAGGAAAUCGUGCCAUUUAAAAGAAAGUCCUGA